ACUUCGUGUGUCUUUUGCCUUCUGUCAUCCUGCAUCUGCACCUUCAUCGACUGGUCUAAGCUGGUCUGGAUUAUAGUCGCCAUCCUCACAGCAUUCCCCAUCUCCUUCACUGCCCCCGCUUGAUGAGAGCUUCGUGCCUUGGUGUGACUCUCGGAAAGUUGUAGAAUGGCAACCAACAAUAAGAAGAAUCUCACAGUUACGAUUGAAAGACGGAAUACCGACGACUCCGACACCAACAAGACUCCUCGCACAGCACGCUUCGCCGAAGCUACUUCAGUCUACUCACCUGUUGACGGACCGAAGACACCCUUCGACUACCCCACCAACCACUACAAACCUCAGCCUCAAGUUUCCGACGUAGGUCUAUCCUACGUAUCAGCCGUCGAGAUGGAAGAAACCGACCGAAGAUAUCUUCCUCCACCAACGCCCCGCACUCAGGGUGCGCUCAAGAGUGCAAUGAAGUCGCCUGGUGCACCACCACGGACACCAGGCGCUGCGAGCAUCCUGAGUCCUACCUUCAGGGAAGAGCAGAAGCUCGAGAAGCAUGAGGCCUUCACCGAGAAGGAGCAAGCAAAAGACUUGAAAAUCAAGGUCCGGGUAAGAAUAGCAAAGAUAUUCUUGCGUGGCAUCAACUUUGCUUGCAGUCUGAUCGUCCUCUCCAUGGUCGCAACUGCCUUCGCUAUCUUCAACGCCACAAAGACUCUCGCACCACGAAACAACCUUCCACCAUGGGCCGAAAACACGAAGAUCUGGCCUCAAGUCGUUAUCCUGUCUAUCGCCUGUGUCUCACUCGUCAUGUCAAUUGUCGUCAUGGUUGCCUACUUUAGAGGCGGUCACAACCGAGCCGAGAAAGUAGCUGCCUACUACACUGUCUUCGCCGUCGGGUUCUUCGUCUUCAGCAUUAUCAUGUGGGCCGUUGGAGCCGCGAUCCUCAACCAGAGUAAAGCGAAUAACAACAACAAGGACAUGUGGGGCUGGUCUUGCGUGGAUAACAAGCGACGACAUCUCUUUGAGGAUGAUAUCUCCUAUGCGCUCGUCUGCCGUCUUCAGAACUGGGCACUUGUCUGCUGCAUCAUUGAAGUCGUUGUCGAGCUCCUCUGUGUCAUCAUCUACGGCAUCGUCUUCUACCGCUUCUGGUCCAAGCGCAAGCUCAGGAAGUCCAUGGCUAUGCGCGACCGCGCCCGCUCAGAUCUCUACCUCGCCCAGCUCCGCUCGCAAUCCGCUCCCAACACACCCGGCUUCGGACCACUCUCCCCUCGCUCCGGCGGCUGGCGCCCACCCCCAGGCCACCCCAUGCACACUGACGCGCACUCUGCCGCGGAAGCUGGCGAGAGCGACAAAGUGCAAUACGCCUCUGUCCGCGAGAUCGUGCAACCCCAGCCCUUCACCCUCGGCGCUCCUCCCAUCAAAGUCACUGGUGCUACACCCAAGCUUGGACAGGACGGCUUCGAUGCCCCCGCGCGAAUGGGCACUGCAUCUCCCCCUCUCCCGCCUGUCUCCCCUGGCUUCCAGGAACGACACAACGACCACGUCAACGCCGCUCCGGGCGAGCAACAAUACGCCUCGGUACCCAUCCCGGGCGCGUACACGCCUCUGGCUUCACCGUCAUACCCGCCGCCGCAACAGCAACCGGCGGGCUUUGACUUUGGUCCCAACGUGACCGGCCGCUAGAGAGUGGAUGAUCUUGUUGUAUCGUUAUUUGUUGCAUUAGCGUCGUUGUUCUUUCUCUUCUUCUUUUGUUGGAUCUGGGAUUCCUUGGGUGCACAGAAACUUGUACAUUUUUCCUAUUGUUGUUUGAGAAGCUGGCCUUUGGGCUGUGCUUUCGUUCCGAUCGCUUACGGGUGUUUGGUUGAUUUUCCUUGAGAUACCUUGACACACACGUCUCUCACUAUUUUUUGACGAGAAUGGAUUGCCUGGGGUGUGUUGUUUGGAUACGCAUACGGAUGCAGAUGUGAUAAAGAUUGAGAUGGCAGAUACCUAUCAUAAGAC